AUGUUUUUUUACUUGUUACUUUUAAUUUUAAUUUGUUUAAUAGCCACAUUCCGUUACCGUCAAAAAAUAUUAACACAUUGGCCAUCAUUAAAUCAACGAUAUCAACGUUUACCAGCAAUUUUUUCCACUCAUUCAUUCCGACAAGAUAUUGAACAUGGUCUAAGCUCUGAAACAUUUGACCUUCAUCAAAAUGUUGUGGAUGGAGACGACCGAUCAGGACUUGAUGACGCCUCGGAAAUUAGACGUAUAAUGAAAAGGGAAGGAUUGAAUUUUGAUCAAGCUAGACUGUAUAGGCAACAGAUGAAAUUCAAAUCAAAUAAUAUUGAUCCACAAACUGGGUUGCCCAAAGAUCCAAAAUUAGUAACAUUUCAAUCAAUAUCAUCAUCUUCAUCUAAAACCUCCAUGAAUUCUACAACUGUUAAUGUUAUUGAUUCAGAUGAAUAUAAUGCAAAUUCUAAUUCGACAACAAAUUUAACCUCAAAUGAUUCAUAG